GACCACAGCUCGGUCGUCUCUGCGUCCGCUCCAUCAGGCCACAUCUCUGACUUUGCUCAAGAGCUGUGAGGUCAUGGCAGCUGCCAGCACGAGCAGACCUGGCGGUGGUGCCCAGACCACUGAGAAGUCUCAGUUGAUCUUGAAAGUGGUGUCGGCGAAGCCUCAGUCUCCCAAGCUGCCGAGCCGACCCGCCCGCCUCAGCUCCUUCGUCGAGGUCACCGCCGACGGCCUGACCAGCGAGACCAAAAAAACGGGCAAACGCAGCGGACACCUCGAGCUGCAGUGGAACGAAGACCUCACCCUUAACGUGACGCCUCAGAGCCGCCUGGACCUGAAGCUGUGGAGCUGCCACACCCUCCGGAAGGAGCUGCUUGGCAGCGCCACCAUAGACCUGCUGGACACGCUGCGCACCCACCACGGCAAAAUGGAGAACGUCCAGCUGAGUCUGGUGCUGCAGACGGAGAACAAAGGCUCGGUUGUAGCGGGAGGCGAGCUCAACGUCUGCCUGGACGGCAUGGCUGUUGAUCUGGGCACGCUGCCCAAUGGAAGCACGGCAGCAGACAAGUCGCUGCAGCCAGACAGACCCAACCUGAGGCGGACGCAGAGCGAGGAGGCUCCCGGCGCACCAGGAGGUCAAAGCAGGUCGGUGCACGCGGUCGCCGGGUCCAUGGGGGGUUCGCAAGGCGGCGAGCUGACUACCGAGCUGAUCGAGAGCAGACCCCGGUCGUGCUCGUCCGGUCGCGCGCUCCUCCAGAGUCACGUCAGCCCUAGGAGCAGCGCAGACAAAGUUGAGCUGACGUCUAACGGGCUGGAUGGAGGCCGCAAGGGCGCGGCCCCGCCACCCUCGCCGUCGGGCCAAUCACCGCCCACCGCCACCGCCGCCGCGUGCACCGCCGCCUCCAGCACCAGCACCACCACCACCACCACCACCACCACCACCACCACCACCAACAGCAGCAGCAGCCCCUCCCCGGGUCAGGACGCCGUGGGUCCGGCCGCGCCAGGGGAGCCCGGCCCCGGCCCCGACGCCGCCUCCGGCGCCGAGCAGACCGGCAGUAGUGUCGCAGAGCCGACCACAGAGUCUCUCCCGGCGGGCUGGGAGCAGAGGGUGCUGCCUCACGGACGGGUCUACUACGUGGACCACAACACCAAAACCACCUGCUGGGAGAGGCCGCUGCCGCCGGGCUGGGAGAAGCGGGUGGACCAGCGGGGCAGGUUCUACUACGUGGACCACAACACCAGAACCACCACAUGGCAGAGGCCCACGGCCGAGUCCGUGCGCAACUACCAGCAGUGGCAGAGCCAGCGCAACCAGCUGCAGGGCGCCAUGCACCAGUUCAGCCAGCGCUUCCUCUACCAGCCCUCGGGAGCGCCGGUGGAGAACGACCCUCUGGGCGCGCUGCCCACUGGAUGGGAGAAGCGGCAGGACAACGGCAGAAUCUACUUCGUCAACCACAACACGCGGACGACGCAGUGGGACGACCCCCGGACCCAAGGGUGAGAGAGAGAGAGAGAGUGUCCACCCCUGCCCCCGAGCUGAGAGAUGAAGUACACCGCUGAGGGAGUGCGAUUUGUGGACCACAACUCGCGCACCACCACCUUUAAAGACCCCCGACCCGGGUUUGAAUCCGGGUCACGGCAAGGCGGUUCCCCGGGCGCCUACGACCGCAGCUUCAGGUGGAAGUACCACCAGUUCAGGUUCCUGUGCCACUCCAACGCUCUGCCCAGCCACGUCAAGAUCUCCGUGUCCAGGCAGACGCUGUUUGAGGACUCGUUCCAGCAGAUCAUGAACGUGAAGCCGUACGACCUUCGCCGCAGGCUCUACAUCAUAAUGAGAGGAGAGGAGGGGCUGGACUACGGCGGCAUCGCCAGGGAAUGGUUCUUCCUGCUGUCCCACGAGGUGCUGAACCCCAUGUACUGCUUGUUUGAGUACGCCGGCAAGAACAACUACUGCCUGCAGAUCAACCCGGCCUCCUCCAUCAACCCCGACCACCUCACGUACUUCCGCUUCAUCGGCCGCUUCAUCGCCAUGGCUCUGUACCACGGGAAGUUCAUCGACACCGGCUUCACCCUGCCCUUUUACAAGCGGAUGCUGGACAAAAAGCCCACGCUCAAAGACCUGGAGUCCAUCGACCCGGAGUUCUACAACUCCAUCACGUGGGUCAAAAACAACAACCUGGAGGAGUGCGGCGUGGAGCUGUACUUCGCACAGGACAUGGAGAUCCUGGGGAAGGUCUCCACCCACCAGCUGAAGGACGACGGCGAGAACGAGCUGGUCACGGAGGAGAACAAGGAGGAGUACAUCGGCCUGCUGACGGACUGGAGGUUCACCCGCGGCGUGGAGGAGCAGACCAAGGCCUUCCUGGACGGCUUCAACGAAGUGGUUCCUCUGGAGUGGCUCCGCUACUUUGACGAGAAGGAGCUGGAGCUGAUGCUGUGCGGGAUGCAGGAGAUCGAUAUGGCUGACUGGCAGAAGAACACCAUCUACAGACAUUACACCAAGAACAGCAAGCAGAUCCACUGGUUCUGGCAGGUGGUGAAGGAGAUGGACAACGAGAAGAGGAUCCGCCUGCUCCAGUUUGUGACGGGGACGUGCCGGCUGCCUGUCGGAGGCUUCGCUGAGCUCAUAGGAAGUAACGGCCCCCAAAAGUUCUGCAUAGACAAGGUGGGGAAGGAGACUUGGCUUCCGAGAAGCCACACAUGCUUCAACCGACUGGACCUGCCGCCCUACCGGAGCCUGGAGCAGCUGCGGGAGAAGCUGCUGUUCGCCAUCGAGGAGACGGAGGGAUUCGGACAGGAGUGACGCGGGGGGGGACGCUCGAUGGACGGGACAGAGCUGAAAGAUCAGCCGUCGUCUACGGCCGCUCACCUGGACGGACGGGGGGGGCGAUGUCAUGGAAUGCAAUAGUGCGUGUGCGUGUGUGUGUGCGCUCAAAUUGAUGCCAGGUUGUAUAUGCAUAAAGAUGUGUGUGUGCCCAUGUAGGUUAAACAGGAAGUCAGACAGAGAGUAAUAUUUGCCUAGUGUGUGUCUGUCCCCCCCCCCCCGUACCCAACACACACACACCCCAACUCACCGCUUGGAAACCCACCGAAAACCAGACAACCGGGUAGUUUUAACUCCAGUAUAACAUAUCUACCAGAAUGACAUUGUAACACCGAGACGACGGGAGGGAGAGCAUGUGCGUGUCUGUACGCGAGGGGACAUGAGAAAGUGAGAUGAAAUGUGAUUUUUACUUUAAUUUUUUUUUUGUUAGUUGUGAAAUUCAGCAUUUUUCCUCUGUACAUAACUAAAAUAAAUGAGAUUUCAAUCUGC